AUGUUUCCCAAAAGAUGCUUGAUUCUGCUGGCUUGCUCCUGGACACUCUUGCAGAAUGUCCUGGCUGUCCCGGAUGUGGCGAUAGAGCAGCCUGGCCUCGAGGAUCGUCGUCGAGAAGAGCGCGACUUUGCCUUGCAGGAGCGCCACAACCAUCCUGACCUUGAGAGCUCGCUGCUUUCUGUAUUGACCGAGGAGUUGGCUACGACACAUGCUCCGCCGCCUCAGACCACCCCGGGGCCAGGAGGUGGUGGUACAGUCCCUGGUGGAGGAGGUGGUACUGUUCCCGGCGGAGGUGGCGGUACAGUCCCUGGCGGUGGCGGUGGUACUACAGUCCCUGGCGGCGGAGGUGGUACAGUUCCUGGCGGUGGCGGUGGUACUGUUCCUGGCGGUGGAGGCGGCACUUCACCCACUGGUGGCGGUACGACUGCUACCCCAACUGGUGGCACUGCUAGCACAACAACCGGACCUGCUCCAACUGGUGGCAAUGUUAGUCCUCCCCCAAGCGGGCCAUCGCCCAGCGGCCCCGCUUCCUUCCCCAGCGGAACCACUCAGCCACCCUCUCCUAGUGGAACCCCACAACCAUCGCCCCCUGAAGUAGUCACUACAACUACUAACACUGCCCAGCCUCCUCCCUCCACUAGUGAGCAUACAAUCACUAGCCCCACAUCUCCCCCUGGCGGCAGUAGUGUACCUCCUUCCCCAUCCCCCAGCGUUACCACUGGAGGACCACCAGUUUGCCCUCCUCCUUCCACAUCUAAGGAGACCACCGUCAUCCCGGUGACGGUUACUUGUCCUGCCGUCGUCGUGAGCACUGCCACUACCACCGUCACUGUCACAUCUGGUGCGGGACUGGGCCCGACAUCAGAGUGCUGUCCUUGCCCCACUGGAGGUGGCGGAGGCGCAGGUGGAGGAGCUGCUGGAGGAGGUGCUGGAGGAGGUGCUGGAGGAGGUGCCGGAGGAGGUGGAGUUUCCCCAAGUGGCGCUACGACAGCCCCAGGGACCGCCUCUGGCACUGGCGUAGUGUCCUCAAGUGGCAGCAGCGUGACAGCCUCAUCCACCAGAACCCAAACCAACACCCUGACUCAGACACGAAGCUCGACGCCCCUCAUACCGAGCAGCACUAGGCAGCGUACCAUCACCACAGGAUUGCCCACAACACCAGCUACCCUCGUGACUUUGCCUACGUCAACACCUCCACGUGUAUCCCCCUCAACGCCGGGUUCGCGUGUCACUCCACGAGCAAUUAUCAACCCCGAUGUUGUUCGCCGACAGUUAUUUAGCAACACGACAGCGACAGCCCACUUCACCAACUCGACUGUUAUCUCGAAUGCCACGACCAGUGCAGUUAAUCUCACCCGAAUUGUGACUGAGACUGCCACCGAACCUGCGCCUGCUUUCCUGCCGCGCUUUCAUCGUGGACGCAAUCGUGUUUAG